AUGUUGGUGAAAAGGGGCUACGACGAAUUGUAUACAUUCAUUUUUAAGGUCAUACAACUGUAUGAAACCACGGUGGUGCGUCACGGUUUGAUGCUAGUGGGUCCGGCCGGUUCAGGUAAAACUAAGUGCUACGAGGUGCUACGCGACGCCCUGACGGCCAUCAAGGGGAAGCUUGCUCCAGACGGGUUCCCCUUCACGCCCGUCCACACGUUCGUCGUCAACCCAAAGUCGAUAACGAUGGGACAGCUCUACGGCGAAUUCGAUUUGCAGACCCACGAGUGGACUGACGGGAUCCUAUCGAGCCUGGUGCGUGCCGGUAUCGCCGUUGAGGAUACGGACAAGCGGUGGUACAUAUUCGACGGGCCCGUCGACGCGGUGUUGGACGACAACAAGAAGCUGUGCCUCUCGAGCGGUGAGAUCAUGAAGCUGACGGAGCGUCAGCGGAUGAUCUUCGAGGUGGCGGACUUGGCGGUGGCGUCGCCGGCAACGGUCUCCCGCUGCGGGAUGGUCUAUUUGGACGCGAAGGUGGUCGGUCUACAGCCGCUUGUGAACGCCUGGCUGAAGAGCAAUUUGCCAUCGAUUGGCGACAGUAUCCGCAAGCUGCUGCCGGUCUUAAUAGAAACGUACCUGUAUCCAUCGCUGCGGCUACUGAGGGAGAGUCUCACGGAGCUGGUGCCGUCUAUCGACUCUGCGCUGGUGCUCAAGUUCCUCGAGCUGCUCGACUACCGGCUGCGUCCGCUCACCGGGAAGGACGACCGUCCACCACCGGCUGCACCAUUCCUGGCCCUUAUGCCCAAGCUCGCGCCUUGCUGGGUGGUGUGGUCCGUGAUCUGGUCUGUGGGCGCAACCUGCGACCACAAUAGCAGGGUCACCUUCUCGCAGUACAUGCGUCAAGUGAUGAUCGAAGCUGGUAUGAAGCCACUCUUCCCCGCUGAGGGCCGGGUCUACGACUACACGUUGCACGAUGGAGGAUUUACAGAUCCAACUGACGAUGGUGAGCCAGCUAGUCCAUAUUGGUACAGUUGGAUGGCCAACGUGGAAGAGUACGAAGUGGAUCCCGAGCGUCCCUUCUCCGACAUCGAGGUGCCGACCAUGGACAACGUUCGCAGCGCGGCGCUGCUCGGCUACAAGGUGACCAACUUCAACCACGUGGUGUGCGCCGGCCCCACCGGCACCGGCAAGACUGUCACCAUCACGUCCAAGCUCACCCGUGGCCUGCACAAGAAGUUCAUUUGCGAGUUCAUCGUGUUCUCGGCACGGACCUCCGCUAACCAGACGCAGGACGUGAUCGAUAACAAGUUGGAGCGACGUCGUCGCGGCGUCUUCGGCCCGCCGCCAACCAAACGUAUGGUGUUCUUCAUCGACGACCUGAAUAUGCCUGCGUUGGAGGUCUACGGUGCCCAGCCGCCCAUCGAGCUACUCAGGCAGUUCAUGGACUUCUCCGGCUGGUACGACCGCACCAACAUUGGCGAGUUCAAAACCCUGGUCGACGUGAACAUCGUUGCGGCGAUGGGACCGCCAGGUGGUGGCAGGAACCCUGUCACCAUGCGCCUCAUGAGGCACUUUCAUUACAUCUCCUUCACUGAAAUGGAGUACAGCAGCAAGUAUGCGAUAUUCAGUGUGAUUCUUCAUUCCUGGGCGAAAAACAUGGCGAAAGUAUCCAUUCGAGAGGACCCCUUCCUUAAAAGUUCGAUUGAGGUUUUUAAAUCUCUAGUCGAGGAGCUACUGCCCACGCCGACUAAGUCACAUUACACCUUCAAUUUGAGGGAUUUGAGCAAGGUCUUCCAAGGAAUUCUGAUGAUGGAUCCUCAGUCGAUUAAGGAUGAAGAUCAAGUGAUAAGGCUGUGGUAUCAUGAGCAUCUUCGGGUGUACCAGGAUCGUCUUGUCAACAAUGAAGAUAGAAAAUGGUUUAUCAACUUGCUAAAUAAGAAGGUUAAAUCGGAGUUUGGCAAGAAACCGGACGACGUAAUUGGCGGAAGGCUGAUGCUGUUUGGAGAUUUUAUGGACAUUGGUAGCGAUGAUCGCAAGUACGUUGAGAUCGAAGACCGAGAUGAGCUGAACGACAUCCUGUCUCAUUACCUGGACGACUACAACCUGUCUUCGACUGCACCCAUCGACUUGGUGCUGUUCGAGGACGCUGUGUCGCAUCUGUGCCGAAUCGCGCGCAUCGUCCGCCAGCCAAUGGCCAACGGGUUGUUGCUCGGAAUGGGUGGUUCUGGUCGCCAAAGCCUUUCGCGGCUGGCAGCGCACAUUGCCGAGUUGACGUGCAUACAGAUCGAGAUCACGAGAUCGUACGGUAUGAGCGAAUGGCGAGAUGACAUCAAGAGCACCAUGAUAAAGGCGGGCGGCGAGAACAAAGGGAUCGUCUUCCUGUUUUCUGACGCGCAGAUAAAGAUGGAGUCCUUCCUCGAGGACCUGAACAACGUGCUCAGCUCCGGCGACGUGCCGAACAUCUACGAGGCCGAGGACUUGGACCGGGUGUACCUGCUGGUGCGCCAGGCGACCAUGGAGCAGGGCCUGGCCCCGACGAAGACCAACCUGUUCUCGUGCUACCAGCGCAGGGUGCGGUCCAACCUGCACGUGGUCAUCGUCAUGAGCCCAGUGGGCGAGAUAUUCCGCGCGCGAUUGCGCCAGUUCCCGUCACUGGUGAACUGUUGCACCAUCGACUGGUUCAGCGAGUGGCCGAAAACCGCCCUGGAGUCUGUCGCACGCCACUUCUUCACCGGAAUGGUCGAGCUGGAUACCAGCGAAACGGUCAUGAACGCCAUGGUUUCGGUUUGUUGUUACGCGCACCAAAGUGUCGUCGACGCGAGCGCCAAGUUCUUGGCGCAGCUCAACCGCCUCAAUUACGUCACCCCCAUGUCCUACAUGGAGAUGCUGGCCGCGUACGCAGAGAUGUUCAGGAAGAAGCAGGCCGCUAUACUGAAGGAGUCCAACGCUCUUAAGACGGGAUUGAACAAGCUGAACCAAACGGAAGUUGAAGUAAAACAGUUGCAAAUAGAGCUCGCCGAACUUAAGCCGAUGAUGGAAACCGCUGCGGAGGAGACUAGAAAAGUGAUCGAACAGAUCGCCACUGACACGGCAAUUGCGGAGGAGGCGAGAAUCAAAGUGGAGAAAGAACAGGCGGUGGCUGAGAAAAUGGCUGCUGAAACCUCGGCUAUGGCUGAAGACGCUCAAAGAGAUUUAGACGAGGCGAUGCCAGCGCUACUGGCCGCCGAGAAGGCUUUGAAGGAGCUCAACAAGAACGACAUAGUUGAAGUGAAGGCGCUCAAGAAACCGCCGAGUGGUGUGAUGCUCGUUGUGGAGUCGCUCUGCGUGGUAUUCGACAUAAAACCGAUUAAGGAACCCGGGAAAAAUUUCGGCGAGAAAGUGCUGAACUACUGGAAGCCCGGCUCCCAAAUGCUGGCCGACCCCACCGCCUUCCUGGACUCGCUGAUGAGGUUCGACAAGGAGAGCAUCACCGAGGACAUGAUCAAGAAGCUCAAGCGCUACGUACAGAACCCGGACUACGAGCCGACGAAGAUACAGAAGGUGUCGAAAGCCUGCAUGUCGUUGUGCAUGUGGGUUCACGCCAUGUACAAGUACUACCACGUGAACAAAGCGGUUGCUCCUAAGAAGGAAGCUCUCAAGCGCGCGACGAUGGAAUUGGCCGCCGUAGAAGCCAUGCUGGCAAACGCCAAGGCAAAGAUGCAGGCACUGUUGAUGGGCAUCGCUAAGCUUAACGCAUAUUUAUCGGAGAAGGAGGAAGAGAAGAAGAAAAUGGAGGAGGAUAUCAACCAAUGUCUGGCGCGGAUGGACCGGGCGAACAGGUUACUCAAUGGCCUGUCCAGUGAGCGUGUGCGCUGGAUCCAAACGAUCAAGGACCUGGGCGUCGCCAUCGUCAACUUGAUCGGGGACAUUCUUCUAAGCGCGUGU